GUUUCCCUGGAAGCACACAGACACCAGUCGCAGUCUUUCCUGCGCCUCCGGUUCAUUCACUCCACGAUCCAGACACACUGUGUGGAGGAAUGCGUGGCGAAACCCGGCGUUUAUUUGGAUUUCCUGCGGGCAGACUUGCCUUUUAACCAAGUGCUUUUGCAUUACUGGAAUGGUCGCAGCUGUCUGGGGCCGUUAAAGGCGUCUGAAAUGUCUCACCACCAGCAGCGGGUCGUUCAACUCUCAGCCGCGUCAUUAGCCGUGAUCUUCGGCCCGGGCGAGGAGAGUUUGCGCGCCGGCGGCGAGAAACUCAACGCCAACACCGUGAGUGGUCAGGAGAUCUUCGCGGACUUUAAAGCGCAAAACUCGCGCAGUUUCUGGAAUAAGAGGCUCGUCAAGGCCAUCGCGGAGGUGCACUUUCAAGGAUGGAUGGAAAAUUUGGUGCUUUUCAUUCAAGGGAACGCAAACAACCUGGAGGUGCUGAGAGAAGCGUGGAUGCGCAGGGCUCUGAGGUCACCGAAGGGUUUCAUCAUCAAAGCUGUCGGUGACCUGUCCCCAGUGCAGAUGUCGCCUGUACCCCAGUCGCAGUUCAUUCCUUUGGCUGAAGUGCUGUGCUCGGUCAUCUCGGAUAUGAACUCCUCCCAAAUCGUCGUCAACCAGGAAGCGCUCAUCAAUUACAUGAGCAAAGCCCAUCCAGGAAUAACCAUCCCCACUCAGGACAUCCUCUAUAACGCUCUAGGCACUCUUAUCAAAGAGCGCAAGAUUUACCAUACAGGCGAGGGCUACUUCAUCGUAACCCCUCAAACCUAUUUCAUCACCAACAACGUCGUCCGUGAGAAGAACUGGUGGACCUCUGGUUCGGUGGAUGAACCCCCUUCUCCUCCUCCCGUCACGUACCUACUGAGUAAUGAUGCCUGUGAUGAGAACGCUCAAUCGCUUCCAGAGGCUCACUGCAAGUCCUGCAGCUGCUUUAGUCCUCUUCAACGAUCGAGUAAUGUCACCUCCACUACUGCAACUGCCACCAUCCCUACCUCCACUGUCCCAGACCAGCAUUCUGUCUCAGUUUCCAUAAGCGAAUGCACGGGUAAAAGCCUAAAGUGGCCCCGACCGUUAGAUCACAAGCCCACAGUGCAGCAUCAAUCCACCUCCACAGCAGUGGACUGUCAGGCAAGUGAGAUCAGCAAGAAUACAGCUUCUACUAACGUCACUGGACGCAAGGAAAAGGACAACAAAACAGGGAGGAAGUUUGGUCUUAGUUUGUUCAGGAGGAAUGGAGGGAAAAAGGAGAAGCCAAAGAAAGAGUAUGCGUCAUUUUCAGGCCAGUUUCCUCCAGAGGAGUGGCCAGUGAGAGACGAGGAGGACCUGAACAACUUACCUCGUGACCUUGAGCACGCCAUCAUCAAACGCAUCAACCCUGAACUGACUGUUGACAAUUUGACACGCCACACGGUGCUAAUGAAGAAGCUGGAGGAGAGAAGAGAGAGGGGGAUAGACCGAGUAAUGGAGAGGGGUCUUGAUAAAGAUGACAAGGGGGUGGAUAAGGGGAUGUCUACUGAGAUCCUAGCGUUCUCAAAACCCAGGCAUCAUCACUCCUCUAGGGCAGGAAAAAGAUCUGCUCUGAAGCCCUCUCGCAGCAAGAGGAGGGCCCAGUCGUCCAGGGAGAAACAAAGGGAAAAGGAGAAAGAGAGGGUCAAAAGUAAGGCUCCCAUGUGUGCGGACAACUAUGCAGAGGGUGAAGAUUUGAUCCCGACAAGGCUCAGAGUGGAACUCCUUGUUGAUGAACCAGAUCAAGUGGAAGAAGGUGGGGCUGUGGAGGGAAAAUCUCUUUAUAAGAAACGCAUUGAAAACCCUUUCCAGACUCAGCCAAUUAAAGACCCAGCUGAUGCCGUGACCCCCGUCUCCAUCAACAGAGAGCAGAGAAGGCGAGAGGUGAAGGAGGGCAUGGCUUCAGGGCCGAGCAGGAAAGAACGAGCAAAUCACCGCUCAAAAUCAUGGGACCCGCAUCGGGCCAAAGCGAAUACCACAGAUGGAGAGCAGGCGGGGAAAUCCCCUACAUCUGAUAACAGGUACGACUAUGAGCAUGAGAAAGACUUAGCUGCUGAUCAUUUGCUCCAAGCAGACACGAAGCUCAACAGAGAACUCCCCUUGGAUUACAGUUCAUCCUACCCAAAGAGCGGUACUCUCCGGAUAGAUGAUAAAGUCCGACAUCAGAGGGAGGGGAAUGGCAAGAAAAGUUGGGACAGAGAAGGCAGAAAUGCACCUUUUCAGGAGGUAGAGUACAACAAUGUACCAGAUCACAGCCAAACCAUAGAUGAUGGCCCUGCUCGGGCCGCACAAUACUCCAAUACUAAUGCAAUUCUCCCUACGCUUCCCAGUGAGCCUGUGGUUAACCACUCAUACGACACAACUUUGCCCUGGGCCAAGCCCUCUUUGCAACGGAAACACUCCCUCAGACCCUCCAACCCACAAAGGGAUGAUAUACAGAGACCCGAUGAGCUCUUUUCACAUCCCUGUGAUACUAGAGCCACCCAGGAACAACAGGAGAUUAGACCCGUCACUGUCAAUAAUAAAGCCCAAGGGGCCCUGAGCCAGGGAGAAAGGCCGGAGCUGAUUACUGACAGAACUCCCUCAAUAACAGACACUGAUGGGUUAAUAGAAGACGACUACAGACUCUAUCAGAGAGCAGACGAGCAGGAGGACGCGUGCAGCUCGUUGUGUCUGAACGAGGAGGAGAUCUGUGAUGCUACAAAUGUGUACAGAGCAAGUGGAGCGGACUACCAUAGCCACCAGCUGGUUUACCAUAACCGUGAGUCUGAUUUGCAAUAUCAGGGAAGCCACAGUCACUUUUACAAUUCCAGCUUUAACCAACCUCAAGAUUCAGGGGACAGCAAUUUUAAAGAUCUGAUUCCCCCUUCAACUUUAAUUUCCCUCAACCCUACUAGACCUGGGGAGACCAGCUGGAGGCUCCAUCAGAGCUCCAGGUCAUCAGGGGCCCGGACUGAAUCCAGCCCCAGGCAAUGCACAUCAGUCCAAGGAGAAAGAACCAGUGAGAUCAACCUGGAUUUGGAUUGCCCAGAACCGUCUGAAGUUGCAGACAGUAGUAUCUUUGACUACUGCCAGACGAGUGAGAUAGAGUCGGACACAGAGACUGUCCGUAAGUCGGCCGAUGAGGGUGACGGUGAAUCUGCUCACUGGGCGGCAGAGGUGGAGGACGUGCAGGAGGAUGACUUUGAUGAGCAGGCUCUUCCUAAGACUCGCCAAGCUGUUCUGGGAAACCCCAGUGGAGCCAGAAGGCCAGAGAUUGGAGAAGCAGUGGAAAUGGGAGAAAACCAGAGCAUCACGGGAGACAGUGGUAUAGAUUCUCCUCGGACCCGGGUCAGUCUGGCCUCAAGCAACACAGUCAUUCUGGAGGGUCUGAAGAGAAGAGGCUUUUUACAGAACCUGGAGAAACUGCAUUCAAAGAGCAGCACCAUUCGACCACAGAGCUCACUGCUGCAGCUCACUCCUGUCAUGAACGUAUAGCAGGAGGUGAAGCUUUGCGUUGGGGAGCCGACACAUCUCUUCAUGCAGUUUAGUGUGAAAAAGGACAAAACCACGUGCUUGAAUCUUCACUUAUAUGCAGUACAAACAUGAAAUAAGAAGGGUGCAUACAUUGUGGCCUACCUCCACCUUACGUGGCUCUGUGUACAGAUGUACAGUAUAUGUAUAUUUCCAUUGUAAAUACAUUUUAAGUCAGUAUACAAAUGCUUUAUCUAUUCAUGCAUUACCUUGCAUGCUGUUUAAAAUGAGUGGUGUAUCAGCAGGAUUUCUGUGAUGUAAAGGACAUUUUCUCUUUAUAUACUGUGUGUCUCAUUGAUUAAAAUGGUCACAUAACUUGUAGUAUUUACCAGAGAAUUGUGUAUUAACCAAUGUGUCUUUCUGGUCAGUGCUGCUAUUGAAGCAGAAUGAAAUAUUGAUGUUCCAAGAUACAUUUGUAUACUUCCAAUCCAACUGUAGGAUUCGCCUUUGUAAUUGUUCUGGAGGAUAUCCCUCAAUACAACAAAUGGAUUUUAUUAAAAGAAAUAUGUAUAAAGCUUA